AUGGCGAUUCACUUCCUGCCGGAUGUGUUCGGCACCCAUAAGAAGUGGACCAAGGAGUGCGCGGAGAGCGGCCAGGUGCCGAACAUGACCUGGUGCCCCAAGGCGCUGAUGGACUGGGGACUUCUUUCGAACUACUACAACCAGAGGGUCCUGGACCUCAUCUACUCUGCGGGUGGAAACGCGGAUUUCCCCAACGCCAUCUACAUUGAUGCUGUGGACCUGAAGGGCCUGAUCCGCACCGGCACCGACAAGAUCAACCCAAAGGCCGCUCUUGCCGGGGACAGCCAUGGCGCCGAGGGCUACGCCUACGCGGCCACGCUGGUGGCGGCGAAUGUGCGGCGCCUCUGCAGGUCCGGGUGCGAGGCGCAGCUGGCCAUGGCCGAGGCGGCGCGGAACGCGCACCCGCUGAGCUUGUGGGAGGACCCCGCCCACGGCCGCAGCUUGGAGAGACGGGAGGGAGAUGGCCCUGACGGAGUUGCUGGGGUUUGA